CUGAAGUCGCUGGUAGUUUGCGGGAGGACGAGUCUCCUCAUCCCUUGCGCCCGGGUCCUGGACUAAAGUGGGUUUUUUACGCGCGGCGCACGGAGCUGAGCAGUUCGGAGUGAGAAGCGAGAGGAAAAGGAAAAGGGCUUCGGUCGAUCAACUCAACAUGAGUCUGCUUCUUCCACUGGGUUGUCCUCCUCCACUCGAGGGAAGUGUACACCUGACGCAUCCCCCCCUCGUCCUGUGGAAGUGAUCCGGCUCCCCUCGGAACCGUCGACCCCCGGCUCGGGCUCGGGCUCCAGGAAGAGAGUGUAUGGACUCAUCUGAUGAUCCAUGAUGAGGUUCAGUGAAGGCCUUUUCUGAGCUGAAGCACACCGUCACAGGACCCUGUGGAUGAAGAGGAGCAGGUGGUGUAUCUGCUCACGGACGCUGAGACCAUGGUGAAAGCUCAGCAGAGCCAGUCAUUGAAAUGUGGACAGCGCCAGAAAGAGAAGGGACGCAAGGUAAAGGGAGGAGGUGUGCAGAAGGGGAAAGAAAGAAAGAUUGAGCUGAAAGGGAAGAAAAAGAACGAUAAGAAAGAGUCCCACCGGAGUAGGAGGAAGACGCUGGUUGUGGGCGAUGGAGAUGCACUGGACUGUUGCGUCCUGCUCACCCGUCUGGAGGAGAAAGCAGUUGUGGGUAAAGAAAAGAAUGCACCAAAAUCUGGGAAACAAAAGAGCGAUAAGAGCAUGAAGAAGCUGCACUCCAGCUCCAUUCAAAGAAGGACCAAAUCUGGACUAAAGAAAACAUCCACAGCCAAUCAACAAGCACUGGAACCAAAAAGCAACCAAUCUGACGCCUUACUCAUGUUGCCCACAUCUGUCCUUGAGCCCCGCAGGCGGAGGAUGGCCUCUCUCAAUGCCGAGGCUGUCAACAGCCUGCUGCUCUACAGAGGCAGCCCUGCAACGUCCAACGUCAUGAAGAAACAGCAGGCUUCUACUGAAGAUCCAGCUAGAGAUAGUCUCGCUAAAACUGAACACAGAGAUCAUAAAACCAAAAAGGUUUCAUCAGGAGGGAAAGCGACACUAAAAGCAAAACCUAAAAAACAGAAGCGGACGUCAUUGGAGGCGCUUGACAUUGAUUGGCUGAGCUUGCUCACGCCAACCCCUCGGCGUAAAGCAGGCCUCACCGCCGCAACUCUGCUCAAACUCACUAGUGCCCCUUACGGAACCAAACGGCAGAAGAAGUCAGAGGCCAAGCCAGGGAGCGGCGUUAAAGCCGCAGCAGCUACGACUCAGGUUGAGGUUAGCGGUAAACCGUUGUGUAAAGGGGCAACAACGCCGACCAAAAGAACAAUGCAUCCCGAACACGAGGAGCAACUAAAGCACAGACAACAGGGUACAGGGGAUCCGGUUCAUUCCCAGCUGGGCCCCAACGUCCAGGGAUGCUGCAGUUUAUGUAAGACAGAAGCUCUGGAUCCCGAGUGGAAAGACACCACAGGGGGGCAGGAGUGUCUCAGGCACGCUCUCCAUUGUGGCUCCGCUCUGGGAUUCUCCUUAAAAACAAUCAAAAAGGAGCAGGUGGAGACCAAGGUGUCCUCCUGCUACUGCUGCUCCCAGGAGAGGUGUGUCGAGUACUGUCACAGACUGGCCCUCUUCCUGGAGGACAAGACCUUCAAGGAACCCGAGGACGGCUCGCUGGCCGACGUGUUCCACCACCACCAUCACCACCAUCAUCACCACCAUCACCAUCUGCAGCCUCCUCAUUCUGUCAGCCACCCAGCACCCAUAACCAUCAGCCCGCACACUUACACCUGUUUCCCUGGCUACUACGUCCACUUCAGCCACCAGGACCCCUCCCCCUCACCCGGGACGCCCCUCACUAUAUGCCCAAGGAGUGGCAAGAGACCCAAGUUACGCCCCAGCACUAGUCCGCAGCCUUCAGGGAUCAGCCAUCCGGUGUACUGCUGCACCUCGGUGGAAGCGUGCUACGGAGAGCCCUGCAGGAUCAACAGCUACUCCGCGUAUAGCAGUGUGAUUCCAGCCAUCACCAGAGGGGGGUGCUCCUUUGGCCCGACAGACUGCACAAACUGUAACCGUGGCAUCAAGAGAGAAGACUACUCAUCAACCCUCAACGACCAUCACAGCCCCUCCUCCAUCCCCAUCUCCCCCAGCCCCAGAAUCCUCACUGGCUGCCCCGUUCCCACUGUGCCUCCAGCCGGCCAAUCAGUGCCCCACGUUCAGACUCCGCUGUCCGACCCCAGCCAACCGCAGCCACCGCUGCAGGUGGCGAAGGAGUGUCCGCAGAGUGCCAAGCCGCCUAGUGGGUCGAGGUCUGGCGGUCGCGGCAACGGCACCAUCGGCUCAGCUGUCUGCCCUCUCAACAGGGACAAGAAACAGAAGCCCAGCUCUCCCAGUGUCAAAGAGCGGUCGGUUGCCAAGCAGCCGAGGAACGGCCGCCAGAAAACCACCAACGGCUGGCGGGCAGUUGGCCUGCCCUUUCAGAGGGAGGUUUUCUCUGUGGGAGAGGAGGCUCCUGUGCUGAGGAAGUGUUUUGAGGGCAUCCAGAGGGACGGGGAGCUGAUUCGGGUCAGAGACACUGUUCUGCUGAAAUCCGGGCCCAAGAAGAAGUCUCUGCCUUACGUGGCCAAGAUCUCAUCACUAUGGGAAGAGCCAGAGUCAGGAGAGCUGAUGAUGAGUUUGUUUUGGUACUACCGUCCAGAACACACGCAGGGGGGACGCAACCCCAGCCUACAUUGUGAGAAUGAGAUCUUUGCGUCUCGUCACCAGGAUGUGAACAGUGUGGCCUGUAUUGAAGACAAAUGCUAUGUCCUAACAUUGGCACAGUAUUGUCGAUUUUGUGCCUUGGUAACACGCCGUAGGGAAGGUGUACACGACAGUGCCGCCUCCCUCGUGGUGCCACCCAUUGCUGGCAACGCCAUGCCCACCCACCACUGUGUGCCCGAUGACAUCAACCCAGAGCUGGUGUUCUUCAGCCGACACGUCUACGACUUUCGCUUUGGGCGCCUGCUCAAAAACCUGCAGUAGCAUGUGAUGUAUGCCAUGACUGUGGGACGUGAGCUAAUGUUUCUCUGGUUUCAUCCUCUACAACUUUGUUUAACUACAAAACUACCUGCUGCCUCUGUGAGAGGAACUGGACAUUUAGGAUGAAGGAGACACAAGCUUAUCUUUAUUUGAAAUUCAUACUCAACGCGCCACAUGUUUAUUUAGUGAGAGUCCUGGUCUGACAUACGGUGUUGUAGAAGAGUCGUUAUGGCAGUGUAAUUGGGCUUCAUCAUACAUGGCUCUCUGGUGUUGUAGCAGCUGUGUGAAAGCCCUGGAAUGUACUCUGCUGUAGAAAAAUGCUACUGUAGCUCUUAGAAAUGUGACACUUGAUAUAUAUAUAUAUAUAUAAGGAGAAGUUGAUGUUACAUGUGAACCAUGUUACCAUCUGCCUGCAGAUAUCAGACACACGAAGUAUCAGUCAUACGUCAUAGAUAAAGAUCAUGCUCAUCAUUAGAAUUCACUUUUCUCAGAGGCACUGUAGACUAAGGUUUAAGAGAAAGACGCAAACUUGUGUCUUCAAGUUUAGGUAAAUGUGGCGAUUCACUUUGUUGCCAGAAGUUCUUUGAGUUUAUCCAAUCUGAGGUCAGUGAAUAUAAAGCCGCUGCCAGCAGCCAUUUAGAAUGCUCAGCAUAAAUACUGGAAACAAUUGGGGGAUUGACCCUCAGUAGCAAGGUCCCGUCGAUGCACUCGACCAAUCACAAUGUCAGGUUUAAAUCAUCGUUUCAUCCUGUUUGUAUCCUACCAAAUGUAAUAUAAAACCAAACCUAUCGGAAACUCAACACUUGAACAAACAUCAGUGUGAUAAGAACUACCUAAUAACACAAACUAUCUUUGACAAUUUUAUUUGACGUUUACUUUACUAUUAAAUUGUUUUACCUUUACCGCAGCCAGCAAACAAGACAUUUUUGCUUCACUUUUGUGAAACAGUUAUGUCUUCUAUCUUUAUCUACAGUCUUUUUUGAAAAGAGCCAGGCUAGCUGUUCCCCUAUUUCCAGUUAUUAUGCUAAGCUAAGAUAUUAAGCUGUUUGCUCAGGCAGACAUAAAUCUCAGCGAGAAAGUAGCUUAGUGUAUAUCCCACAGUUUCAAAUAAUCUUUUAUCUAACAUUUCCAUUUUCAUGUGAGUGUGAUAGACUUGUAGGUCUAUGUAGUGAACUCCGGACAAAGCUGCAAAGAAAGGAGAUUCGGUUAAAUAUACUCACUGAUCAGUUUUGUGCACGGCCACAAAUGAAAAGUGGAUGCAGUUUGGCGACAUCUGUUGUGAGUCUCUAAGAUAGUUAUAGGUUUGAUGACAUAUCUGUAGCUCUGAAAUGGUGAGUUGGGUGAGUUGUCACACUGUAACACAGACGUGCGUUCUACAAAGAACGCACAGGUGAGUUUGUUAGGUCUCGCAGUGUGAGGACGUCCAACGAGCCGAGCAUUGAGGGGGUUCAUGUUAUGCCAAUGCUGAGGAAUACUUUAUUUUGUGAUUUGACUCUGGUGUCAGCGAACUGUAUAUUUGGAAGAGCGCUUGUUUCUGGCAGAUGGCAACAGUUCGUCACCUAUAUUCUCGUUUCUUCGCCGAUGAGCUGCUGAGUAAUGAAUUCAGUGUAGCAUUUAGAUCUGUGAUGAUGAUUCAUUCCUAUGUUUGAGAGAAGAUAUGUAUUUAUUUCUGUACUGAGAAAAUAUAAAUUAUUUUCAGAAGAUAAUUCUAAAGAAUAGAGUUUUAGAUGAGUGGCUUUCAUUCCUGAUUCGAGAGCAGGUCAAAGUCGUUUCUCGUCAUUAGCUGCACUGUUCAAGAUGAAAAGCGUGUAUGUCGUUCGCAGUAGAGUUCCUGUGACUGAUUGCUCUCCCAAUAGAAGCCUGUGAAAUGUUGUGUUGAGAUGUUUAAGGUCCUCCAGGCAGAUUCAAGGACACACCUGGAGGAUCUGGAAAGAUAUCAGAUACAGUUUGAAGGACACCUGUUAACAUGUGACCAGAUGCUUAAACAUGCAGGACCAAAAACCUUUAUGUUGGCCCCUCCCAGCUUCCUGUCAUAGUCUCCUUUUAACGUCUCCUCCGAUGAUGAAGCUUUGCCUCCUCACCUUUAAAUUGCUGAAUGCUACGUUGAUUUAAAACGUACCCUGCCAUUAGCCUGUGCCCUCGAUCCUGCUGCCUUAUAGUACAUUCCCAGCCUUUCAUUUAGAAGUGUGUACCAAUCUCAGCUUGGGGUUAUGAAACCUGUUAGUGUGCUGAUCUUGAUUCCUCGAUGCUUGAAAGGCAUCUCAGGUCCGUCUCAUACAUCUGAUCAGAAACGUAAAACUGACCCUUAAUCAAUUCUCACUCUAACAAAUGUCUGCAUAGGUUUUAUUUAAUCUCUCCUGAGGACAAAAUGGUUGUUAAAACAAUAGUUUGACAUCUUGAAAAAUGUUGAAUUCUUGCAGAGUGUUGGGAGGAUUGAUGCCACUCUCGUCUGUUUACAAUUAGUAUGAAGAUAUAGCUAGCACCCGCUUAGCUUAGCAUUAGCUCAGCAGGGGAAGACAGAGGCUUGAUCCUGUCAGACAAGGCAACUAAAACCACCAACCAGCACCUACAAACCUCACUAAUAAACUUGUUAUAUCUUCAUUAAUCUGUAAAAAUAGAGCAUGCUGCUUCCUGUCUUCGCACGAAGAUAAUGCUGCUUUCAGACAUGAACUUCACAAAACCUUCGUAUUUUUUCUGGACGAAGUUCUUGUGUGAACUUAAAUGUCCAAAUGAGAGCCUUCGGAUUAUCUGCGAACUUUCUCGCAUAAAGAGCCAUAAAAUGUCUCGACAUUUGCGUUCUCAUGUACAGCCCCUCUGUAAAAUGAGGGAAAUGUAUGUAGUUCAGUGUGGAAGCAGCAUUUGAGAUAUAAGGGUGGUCUUGAUCUUUUCAUCUAUUUCUCUACAAGAAGGUGUUUUCUGCCAGAGAUGUCAAACAUUUCCUUUCUUUGGUUGUAGUUUGUUUUGUAACAGUUGAUUUUCCUCAGUUUGGUACAAAAAGCAUCAAAACGUCCAAAGAAAAUCCUCGACUCCCUUCUUCAUAAUCCAGCUCUUAUCUGUCCAUCUGGAUGCUCAUGUUCCAAACAGUCCCAUUUUUUGCCAUUAUAACAAAGAGACUAUUUGGCCGAGCUCAGUGGAUGGUGUUAGCACAACACUGAGGUGAUUUAUAAUACAGGAGUAUUUGAGACGUUUCAGUCUUUUACUCUGCUUUGCACUUGUCAGCAUUUAAAUACUUACUGUAGUAUCCAACCUGUUGUUAGCUGGUGCCAGAGAGCGCAAAACUAGACUGGAUGUGGACAGUGCUUUACUCCCUGUACAUCUGGUGGAAUAGAUUCAUUUUGUGUGUUAAUUUUACAAAAAUAUUAUUCUCUAUAAUUAUUUAAUGGAUUAAUGUUUGACUUUCAAACAAGUCACCUUGAAUUAAAUUAUUUUUAUUGGUUAAUUAAAUUCAGCGGGCUCAAACGGAGCGAACUGGCCCUGGUGUUUCAUUUGCUUUUCAUGAUAAACCAGAGGGAAUCAGUGUGUUUUAAAGACCUCUCCACUGGGCACAAGAUUCUUCUGAAUAUUCCUUUUUGAUUGACAUAUUCAAGCCCACAUGGCACAAUUAUACAAACCAAACUAUAUUGGGUCUAAUUUUGGUUUUAAGUCCCACUGGGUCAGUCACAAUAUUAAUACCAACAACUGGCUUUAGUUUGAUGGCACAUCAGUGUAUAUCAUGGACUGAUUUGAAAGAGUUAAAUAGGAACCAUCCCUAAUUUAUGAUUUAAAACUUAUGUUCUAGUUUCAAUUGUUUGGCUCGACUACGUUAAAAAAUAUGUUGAUCCGCUGAUCUGUGUAUUAUGGCCUUACAGGAAUCAUUCAGCAAACUAAUGAGGUUUAAUCAAGAUGUGUGAUACUUAUGUCUUAGCUGGUCCUCUGUGCCUGUUCCCAUUAACCCGUAUAUAUAAAUAUAUUCCAAGCGUUUUCCAUGAAGAGAAGGACGAGCAUUUGCUGUCGUUUUUAUUCACCUUACGAAUGCCUUUCAUUUUUGUCAGAUGAUGAUACUGUUCUGAUCUUGAAUCACCACAAAGAAAUGUCUUCACCAAAAACAGAGAGAGAGAGAAAGCGAGAGAGAGAGGGUGAAAGAGGAGGGAUACAUGAAUUUAACUUCAUUCCCAGGUGUACAAAAACCUAAACUUUAGUUCUUCUUAUGUGAAUUUUAUGUUUGUAUUCUUUGCAUGGCGUUUUGGAAAUCUUGGAAAUAUUAAUCACAGCACAGAUUAUUUGUAUGGUUUCAAAUGGACCUCUGUAA